AUGAAUUCCUUCAUUCCUAUCCCAACAGAUGGGCAGAUCCUCUCUGUUCUAAACAGCGGGCUACUAGAUAAAAGUCCAAAUGAGCUAUUCGGAUAUCCUGCAAUACAAUUGAAUACACUGUACCAAUCCCUCGAAACGACGUUCGAAUCUUUAGAUGCUCGUCACAUCACCGCUCUAGCCCAAUCUCAUUCUCCAGAGUUACUUGAUUCUGAACACAAGGUCUCACUCAAAUCCGUCAGAAAGGGUCAGAAUAAAGAUUACUGGAUUGUAUUUCAGCCUCUCUCCGAACUCGAACCUGAUCACAAUAUCAUCAACGCAGAUUCACAGACAUCGAGAUCACAGAGACAACGAUCAACUGAUGAUGAGAAGGUUUCAAAUCACGACGAUUAUCGAGAUGGUCCGAAAACAGUGGAACUACUAUCGGACUUACCAGGAGGUGAAGGAUAUGAUAAACAACCUAAAUCAUCUAGGAGAAAAUUGUUUAAUGCUUUGGGUCUGAAGAAAGUUCCUUCUUUCAGACAUAAAGCUUCUGCGCCCGAGGUAGCUCAUAAAGACAUCUCAGUAAAUGAUAAUCAUGUCUCACAGCUGGAUGAGAGAGAUCUUCGUCAAGCACGAGACGACCAUGUCAGCCAGAGGGGUGAAGGCAAGCCUCAAGAUUGGCUGGAGGACACUAGACGAUGGCAGAAGAAACCAGAAAGGAAAGGUACAGAAUUCGAUAUUAUAGCUUCCUAUGAUCAUUCCGACGUUGAAGAUGAAGGAGAAGAUCAAGAUAAGCACCAAGAUGGAAACAAAUACCAAGAACAAGGCAGACGUGCGAUAGGACCAGAUGACGGUCAUGCUACUCAUGAUGUUAGAGGGAUCGUCGCCCAUCCGGCCAAGUCAGAAGAUGAUACCAUGGAGACGAAGAAAAUUGGUGAGAGUCCUAAUUUUAGUGAAGCAGGAGAAUAUCACGGUACGUAUAAGGUGAGAGAUUCAAGAGAUAAAAUCGAGGAUUUCCCAAAAGAUAAUACAUCAAAUCGUCACGACACAUUUCCCAACUCCAGGUCGACGCAAUAUACUGACACGACUGAAGAUCACUCAUCAGACAACAUAUACAAAGUAGGUGAUGAUGACUCUUCCUCUUUAGAACAGUCUUCAGAAUCUGACACGGAUGAUGGGCACUAUGAAACAAAGAAAGCAAAGAAGAUCAUCAUUCAUGAUCAGCAUCGUGACGAGAAUGAUAAAUCCGAUCACGGCGAGACGAUCGAUGCGAAAAGUCGAUCUCGACGAGAGGAUAUUCCAGAGAACAAGUCACAGCGUCAGAUCUCUAGCGACGAAGGUGAAGACGUUGAUAGCGAUGUAGAAAGAGAAAGAGCAUAUCAUACUCAAGCGGCCGAGAAGCAGGCGCGUAAACACCACUCCAGCUCCUCUAUCCUCGAAACAGAAGAUACACCUAGUGCCAGCCAUAAAAGCGGACCUUCCUCCUCGUCCUCAGACAAGCAAAGGAAGCACAAAAGAAAAAGCAAGAGCAAACACCAAGAAGAGUCGCCCGAUAGUGAAGAUCCCCGGCAUAUCUCUAAGAACACACCGCCAACUCCAUUCCUGGUGAAAGCUUUCGAAGAUCUGCCGUUCGAACCUGAUACUCGUAUUUUCGAUACCAUGUCAUGGCUUAAAGAUAGGUGGCAGCUUGUUUUUGCCGAGUUAUUAGCUGUUUUCGGUAUGGUGUAUAUCAUUCAAGCUACUGGGUUGUGA